AUGUCAGAUCAACUGAGAGACCAAACGGAUGUCAAGAUAACAACCUCCAUCAUGCAAAAGAACUGGUCAUUAUUGAAGCAGAUACGAGCUAAAGAUGUCAUUGACCCGAUGAUAGAGCAGUCCCUCAUAAGCAUUGAAGACAGCAGAAGUAUCCUUAAGAAGGAAACAGAACUCCAGCAAGCAGAAGCUCUCCUAUAUUUAGUUUUUAGUAAACCACAACAACAUAAAUUGGAUGCUUUUGUUACCAUUCUUGAUAAAAAUGGAUACGAUUUUGUAGUUCAACAACUCAUAAAAGAUCAAGCUGAUUAUGCUUCCAAACCAAGAACUUCUAGGCAAUUGAGUGAGGAUGCUCAAUCCGAUAGCGGGAAAACUUCUCCGCGACAAAUUGGCGCCGCACUGAUGGCUGAAAUGCAACAGCAACAAAUAGAAACUAUCCGACAAGAAUUCCAAUUAUUAAACCAGCGUCAAUCAGCGGAAUUAGCCAAUCAGACACGAGAGUUAAAGGAGCAUCAUGAAAGGAUCGUAAAAUCAGAAUUUGCUCAACUGAGGCAAACCGAGGAACAGAAAAAAAGGAAUGAGGAACAAAUACAUAAACUUGAAACCCAGUUGAAAGCCUUGCAGAAGAAGCUAGACCAAGAACGCACUAAAAUGAAAGAGAACACGACAAAAUCCAAUGCGGCAAUUAAAGAAUUGGAAAAGGAAAGAGAUGAUUUAAAACAAACCUUGACAAAAGUGAAACAUGAAAACCUCUAUCUUCGAAAUCUUGUCCAGGAAGCCAGAGGUAGCCAAAGAGAGGUUAACAGACUGGAUGGAUCAGCAGGGAAUAAGAAGCGGUAAUGCUAUUAAGGAAGAGGAAUAUCAGUC